AGAUGAAAUGCCUAACACAGGAAACACAAACACAUGGACAUAAACAGUGACAUUCGCACAAGAAAUCCAUACGCCGUCUAUCAUCAUCAAUCAGACCUCGAGCUGUCGACAAAAAGAGAAGGGUGUCCUUCACAAGGGAAAUCACACCUGUGGGCUUCUUUAGUCUUGACAACAUUGAGAGAAGCAUGUAUGGAAUCUGAUGCCUGACGACCAUGAAGGCAUGUUAACGCACGGGAGAAUCCUUCAGCCUUUUCUCACUCUGGAUCUAAAGGAUUAAUGAAAGACGGAGGACUGAUACCAGAUUAAGUGGAACAUGAUGCCGCCCAAACCCCCGAGGACAAAGUAUUUGAUGAAGUCUUCCAUCACUGCCUCCUGCGACGCCACACAGCCGACCUACGAAGCACCGAUGGAGCCCAAACCUUCAAGUCCAACGCCCACCCUCACCAGCUCUAAUGAUGUCCAACAGUCUGUCUAUAAAGAACCAGAUUCACUAUUGGCGCCCAAACCUUCAAGUCCAACAUCUACCAUCACCAGCUCCAAUGACGUCACACAGUCGCCCUACGAAGACGUAAACGCGACCAAACCUACAAGUCCGACGUCCACCAUCAUCAGCUCUAAACACGUCCCACAGUCGGCCUAUGAGGACCUGGAUGCACAUAUGGCACCCAAACCCUCAAGUCCAAAGUCCACCAUCACCAGCUCCUUUGACGUCCCGCAGUCGAUCUGCGAAGACUUGGAUGCUCCGAUGCCUACUGUCACAGAUGGAAGCCAUUCGGAUGUUAAUGUCAAGCCUGUACCUCGUCCCAGGUCUAGAAUACAACCCAAGUCUGAGCUUAACAACAACAACACUGUUGACUCUUCAGACACAACUAGCGAUACAACCGAUGCAGUGAGUUCCCAACUCAAUGAGCGUCCUGCAGACUUUAAGACGCCUGGUCCCGUUCGUCCUCCUCCACGACCGCCGCUGAGCAAAUAUAUGACCUCCAGAAAACCCACAACAGCAGUCUAUGAAGGCAAUCACUAUAUGAUUUCACAAUAUGAGCCAAAUGUUAGGACUGCAGCUGUCAGUCCUGAGAGAAAACCACCUUCUCCAGGGCCGGCACGCCCGCCUCCUCCCUGCAUCGAUUACGCAAGCCGUUCUAAAAUGAAGCUACCCUCUGUGAAAAAGAGCUCAACUGAUGAAUCCACAAACACCUACAUCAGCUUCAUACAACCCUCUUCAACUGUUUCUGAUGGAGAGGUCACAUACAGCCCAGACAGACCUGCAGUUCCGCCUCGGAUCUGGGCUUCCUCCCUGACUCGCUCUAAGUCGAUGCCUGUAACCUCGCCUACACAGACCAGACCACCCCCGCCUUGUUUCACCCCGCCUCCCCCACCUUCAAUAAACUCAGAUUCGGAGUCGAUGUACAGUGAGAUCGAGCACUACCUGGACGUCCUGCCAGAGGAUGAAGAUAAGAUAACUGUGACUUCAGACAGGCCAACGUUUCGCUACCAGAGUGGCAUCUCCACUUCUCGUCAACCGUCCACAGACGACAAAGAGGACAUUAUCGGGAUGUGUAGAUGGUUGAAAAGAGUCUCAAAAUCUGACUGCAUGGCUCCGUCACUGUAUGGCCUCAGUAUAGAGGAGGAAAUCAGGUCAUUCAACGAGAGAGCGAUGAAUGUGAAAAAGGCCCUGCGUCUCUACAACCUCCUGAUGAUGAAACGCAGCGACUGCAUGAAGAACAUCAUCACAGAGUUCAGCACCAUCUCAGAGAGCAUGGACAAGAUGCGGAAGAAAACCAAAACCAUGGACAUCGCCGGAGGAACCACGGGCGCUGUGGGAGGAGUGACCGCGGUCCUGGGCAUCGCCUUCGCUCCGAUGACCUUGGGGGCCUCGCUGAUCGCUACAGCUGUUGGAGCCGGCAUGUUGGCGUCCGCUGGAGGCAUGGGGGCCCACACUGCAAAGACCAACAAGAAGAAGGUGGUGAACAGGAUGACAGUGGAGAAACUAGUGUACAACUACAAGGAAAAUGUGGUCGAGCCGGAGCUUUGUCUGGGUUUUAUCCUCUCUGGGAUGAACGAGCUACGGAGGCACGAUAUCGCCAGGAUUCAGAGGGCCGGAGCCCAGACUGACGCUCUGAAAGUGGCACAUCUGGCACAGACGGUGUUUAACAUGAACUACGAUAGGAGGUUGUCGGUUCCACACACGGGAGGGAUGGCAUCUGAGAGACUGCUGCUGGCGUUUGCAAAAGAUAUGGAUCUGUAUUUCACAGAGAAGGAAGGGCAGAAGCUGAAGAAGUCCAUUAAGAGCAAGUUUUCCGGUAGAGUUCGUCUGCUGUCGGAAAAUCUGCAGGAGGAACUGAACCAGAUGAUUCGCCUCUGGGAGAAGUUUGGUUGAAUCAAAAUACUGUGUGUGUGUGUGUGUGUGUGUGUGUGUGUGUGUGUGUGUGUGUGUGUGUGUGUGUG